AUGGCCUCCCUAUUGAAGAAACCGUUGAAACUCGCCCUGGUGCAGCUUGCCUCCGGGGCCGACAAAGCUGUCAACCUCGCUCAUGCGCGCAGCAAAGUCCUAGAGGCGGCGCAGGCAGGAGCCAAACUCAUCGUUCUCCCCGAGUGCUUCAACUCGCCCUACGGAACCCAGUACUUCCCCAAAUACGCGGAGACCCUUCUCCCGUCGCCUCCCACGAAGGAGCAGUCCCCCUCGUACCAUGCACUCUCGUCCAUUGCCGCCGAGGCCAAGGCCUACCUAGUGGGCGGAAGUAUCCCCGAGCUGGAGCCAACGACCAACAAAUUCUAUAACACGGCCUUGGUGUUCUCGCCGACCGGAGCUCUGAUCGGAACCCAUCGCAAGACUCAUUUGUUCGACAUCGACAUCCCCGGCAAGAUCACGUUCAAGGAAAGUGAGGUGCUGUCGCCCGGAAACCAGCUGACUAUAGUCGAGCUGCCGGAGUAUGGCAAGAUCGGCCUGGCCAUCUGCUACGACAUCCGCUUUCCGGAGUCGGCCAUGAUUGCGGCGCGCAAGGACGCUUUCAUGCUUGUCUACCCGGGUGCCUUCAAUCUGACCACCGGACCCAUGCAUUGGUCGCUGUUGGCGCGUGCCCGUGCCGUGGACAACCAGGUCUAUGUGGCCCUGUGCAGCCCGGCGCGGGACAUGAAUGCCACUUACCACGCGUAUGGUCACAGUCUGGUCACAAAUCCUACCGCGGAGGUUCUGGCGGAAGCGGAAGAGAAGGAGGAUAUCAUCUAUGCCGACCUGGAUAAUGACACGAUCCAAGGCACGAGAAAGAGCAUCCCGGUCUACACUCAGCGACGGUUCGACUUAUACCCGGAUGUUAAAUCGACUGACAAUUUUCCCCCGUCAGAAAUGUCCAACGUCCAGACCACCGGCAAGAAGCAGCGCUCGGCCAUCGCCGACGUUGUGUCGCGCGAGUACACCAUCAACCUGCACAGGAGAAUGCACGGUGUUACCUUCAAGAAGCGUGCCCCUCGCGCUAUCAAGGAGAUCCGCGCUUUCGCUGAGCAGGCCAUGGGCACCAAGGAUGUCCGUCUCGACCCCGCCCUCAACAAGAAGGUCUGGGAGGCCGGUAUCAAGGGCGUUCCCUUCCGUCUGCGUGUCCGCAUCUCCCGCAAGCGUAACGACGAGGAGAACGCCAAGGAGAAGCUCUACUCCAUGGUCUACGCCGUCAACGUCAAGGAGCCCAAGGGUCUCCACACCGCCGUCGUUGACGACGAGUAA